AUGUCCUACAACAAGCCCGACGGCCCACCACCCUCCUACCCAGCCCCCAUCCACGACCCCUAUGCCCAACAACCACCACCGGGCGCCUCACACGACUACUACGGUGCCGGCUCCCCUCCUCCGCAAGGGUACGGAUACGGCUCUCCGCCCCCGCAAGGUGGCUACCCGCCGCAGGGCCAGCAACCCAUGUACUAUCCGCCGCAGCAGGGCGGGUACCCACCACAGCAACAGGGGUAUUAUCCCGAGGAGCAGCGUGGGGGUUCAGGUGGUGGUGGUCUCUGUGCGGGUAUCUUGGCUGGUUUGGCGUGUUGUUGUUGCUUGGAUAUCCUCUUUUAG